AUGGUCAACUCGAAGACUUUCCUUCUGUGCUCCGCUACCAUGAUGAUCAAGGCGCAACUCGUUCUGGCUACGCUAGGAGCUGCUCAGCAGGUCUACCUCGACGCCGAGGGCCCAACACCACGACCACAGUGCAAGGCGACGAGGACUCGCGAGCCUGAAUACACCUUUACGCCUUUCAGCCACACUCUCACUGACACUGUGAGGUAUGCGACGUCAGUGCCGCCGGCCACAACGACCGAGACGUACGCCGAGCCGUCCGAGUCGCUGACCAGUCUCGUCACGUCCCUCUCUUACACGACAUGGGGCAAAUGGGAUCCUCGAGAUAACUCUACGGCCACUGCUGCUGAUGACGACUCGUCUGAUCCCUACGGACAGGCGGCGUGGACUGCUCUGUGGCGACACGCCAACCCCCCCAACUUUACCGAGACAUCGAGGGGCCACGCCGACGAAGGCAAGUCCCCGUCGCUCAUGGAUAUUCUAGUCCGAGACGACCGGCCCAAGAGCUAUGUCACCAACGAGAACUACUACUACUACAAGCAAGACAUUGAGCGGGUUGCGGCCAUGGGUGUCUCGCGGUACGCCUUCAGCAUCGCCUGGACCCGCAUCCUCCCCUUCGCGCUCCCCGGCACGCCCGUCAACCAGGCUGGCAUCGACCACUACAACGACGUGAUCAACUUCAUCCUGGAGAAGGGCAUGACGCCCGAGGUGACACUGCUGCACUUUGACACGCCGCUGCAGUUCUUCGGCAGCAACCUCAGCACGGCGGCGGAGCCGGCCGAGAUUGGCUACGUCAACGGGGCGUACCAGAACGAGACGUUCCCGGCGGCGUUUGUCAACUACGCCAAAAUUGUCCUGACGCACUACGCCGACCGCGUGCCCGUCUGGUACACGUACAACGAGCCGCUGCUGUACGCGAACAACGGCAAGUCGAUCGACCACGUGAUCAAGUCGCACGCCGAGGUGUACCACUUUUACAAGGAGCAGAUCAAGGGCACGGGCUUGGUGUCGCUGCGGCUCAACAACAACUUUGGCGUGCCGCGGGACCCGGACAGCGCCGCCGACGUCUACGCCGCCGAGCACUUCAACACGAAACGGGACCCACCCUAUAUCUUACCACCAGCACAUAUCCUACCCAAUCGCCCCUGGCCCAAUCCCCUAGAGUGCAAACUAGACAAGGCCGCUCACUUUACAACAAUUCACUACACGGCGACGGUCGUGGCGCCGCCGACCCCCGGCGACGCCGACAGCGUGCGCGCGUGCGCCGCGGACGCCGGGCACCCGCUGCGCCCCUACUGCGUCAACCAGACGCAGGUCAACCGCUUCGGCUGGAACGUCGGCUACCGCUCGCAGAGCUACGUCUACACGACGCCCGUGUACCUGCGCAGCUACCUCGGCUACGUCUGGAACACGUGGCGCCGGCCCGUCGUCAUCACCGAGUUUGGCUUCCCCGUCUUUGCCGAGACGGACAAGGUCGCGCUCGCCGACCAGCUGUUCGACACGCCGCGGAGCAACUACUACCUGAGCUACCUGACCGAGGUGCUCAAGGCCAUCUGGGAGGACGGCGUGGAUGUGGCGGGGGCGUAUGCCUGGUCUUUUGCGGACAACUGGGAGUUUGGUGACGGGGCGUCGAAUUUCGGCAUCCAGACUGUCAAUAGGACUUCGCAGGUGAGGAACUACAAGAAGAGCUUCUUUGAUCUCGUCGAUUUUGUCAAGGCGCGCGGGGGAUAG